AUGCCAAAGAUAAAAAAACCGAAAAAGAAUGGUCCACCCCCAGAAGGGUACUCUAAAGUUGAACCUACUUUGACAAAGUAUCGUAGCAAGUUGAAGUCAGCACAAACUAAUCCCGACCCAACCAAAUCUAAACAAUCAUCAUUAUGGAUAAUAUAUCAAUUAAAUUAUAAAAUCACUCGUUAUGUUUAUGAUACAUAUGUGGCGAAACGAAUAUCUAAAGAAUUGUAUGAUUGGUUAUUACUUCAGAAUGAUAUAAACAACGACCUUAUUGCUAAAUGGAAAAAACCUGGUUAUGAAAAGUUAUGUUGUAUUAAUUGUAUAUCUACCAAUACUAAUGGUGGAGGAACUUGUGUCUGUAGAGUUCCUAAAGCCAAAUUAUUAGAAAAGGAUCCUGAAAAAGUGAAUAUUGAAUGUAUUACUUGUGGGUGCCGAGGAUGUGCUUCUAGUGAUUAA